CUUUCUACCGAAAAAGGAGGGAUAUACCACCCGAAAGGUACGCGGGAGGAAGAACAAAAAGCCUGGGAAUUAAACCUUGUUCUGUUCGAUGAGCGGCUUCUUCGUUAAGCACCUGAGGAAACCUUUUCUCUUCUCAACACAAGAUUUAACAUGUUAUUCGAAUCAAUGGCGUUUAGGCGUAGUAUUUGCAAUAGAGUAACCAUAAUGGCUAGACGAUAUCAACCAUUGUUUGCCUACGUUCUCCAUGAAGAUGACCGUAAAAAUCAACCUUCGAAUGAGUUCCAAUCUCAUCAAAAACCUGGUGAUUUUGUUCAACAAAGAUAUUUUGGAACUGGGUUUAGUAAUUCAUCCUCAGGGUUUGGUGUGUUGUUCCAAGAUAGAAAAUGCUCCCAAUUAGCUUUUCUUCCUAGCUCUGGCAUGUCCUUUUAUCGGCUUAUGUCGACUACGGGUAGCGAUAAGCCAGAUAAGUUUGAGCUCAUCGGUGAUGUUGCGGAUGUUCUUAAGGAUACUGCUGUUGAAGCAGUGGCUUCGCAAGCUCCUGCCGUGAAUGAGGUUGCCGUUGCUGCUGCUGACUGUUGGUUACCUGUUGCUAGCUUGCAGUAUGUUAUUGAUUCCAUUCAUUCUUUUACCGGCUUGAACUGGUGGGCCUCGAUAGCAGCGGCAACACUUUUGAUUCGAGGAGCUACUCUUCCGCUUCUGAUAAAUCAACUUAAAGCUACUACGAAAAUGACUUUAAUGAGGCCACGCCUGGAGGAAAUCAGGGAACGGAUGGCAAGCAAGGAUGGGGAUUCCCCAUCGAUGGUUGAAGGUCAAAAUGAAAUGAAAAAGCUUUUCAAGGAAUAUGGCGUGACACCAUUUACACCACUGAAAGGGCUUUUUAUUCAGGGGCCCAUCUUUAUCAGCUUUGACUUAGCUAUUACAACGAUGACUGAGAAAAUGCCAUCAUUUAAAUGCGGCGGAGCAUGUUGGUUUACAGAUCUCACUACUCCAGAUAGUUUAUACCUCUUUCCAGUUUUGACAGCACUGACAUUUUUUAUAACCGUAGAGUGUAACAUGCAAGAAGGUAUGGAAGGGAACCCUGCUGCUGCAACUAUGAGAAAUGUUUCUAGGGUCCUUGCUGUUUUGACAGUUCCAUUUACCAUGAAUUUCCCAAAGGCCAUAUUUUGUUAUUGGAUUACAUCAAAUUUGUUUUCCCUUUAUGGACUAGUGCUUAAGGCUCCCCGGGUUAAGAAGGCUUUAGGCAUUCCUGAAAUACCUGAUCAACCAGCAGCUACUGCAUCACGACCUUCUAUCGAUCUGUAUUCAGCUCUCAAACAAACUCUCCAACAAGCAAGAACAGCAGCAGAAGAAUCUGCUUCUGUAUCUGCUGCACCAACAAAAGUAUUGAACCGAAGCACACCUUCUUCGGCUGUCAAUCAGCGGAUUAAACAUUUAGAGAAACAAGUAAAGGGAAAGAAGAAGAACAAGAAGAGGUGAGAAAUCUUUCGUCCCGGAAGUCAAAAAUCAUCGGUUAUAAUAAUAAUUAACAUAUAUUACAGUUUGGCAUCAUAUCUAUUCUUUUUAGGCUCCAUUGUUUGGGGCCAUAGGAACCAAAUGACAGUGACAGUGACAGUGAGUUUUUUUUUCUUCUUUUAUCUAAUACAGGAGUUAAAAUUUCCUUUCCCCAUAAA